GCCGAUUCCAACCAGGUGAGGUCACAGAAAACCAACCAAGUGAACCACCAUCAGGUAGAAGAGUCCAGCUCUGUGUCAUGAAUCCUACUUUCAGUCCUGCCUGCUGGGCUUCACGUUGAAGAUGUCCUACAGAGUGAACUACUCUCCUCUCCUGCGCGUCCCUCGGCCGAGCCAUAAAGCGCGUGACGCAGCCGGCAGCUCCAGUAUGAAAGGGCAAACUCUGCUCAGUCAGACACAGGGUGGUGCAGUGCUGUGUGGGUCAAGUCCACCUGAUGCCAGCGUCCCGUCUCUGACAGAUCACCUGUGGCUGGACGGUGCGGAGGAAACCACAGGGAUGGAGAGGCUGCUGAAGAAGUGUCACAUCAGAAACCAGCUGGUCAGGGAGUGCAUGGCCGAGUGCCUUGGAGUCUACGUCCUCAUACUGUUUGGAUGCGGCUCCGUUGCCCAGGUGACCACGACUGAAGAUAAGAAGGGGCAGUACCUGUCAAUCAAUCUGGGUUUUGCCCUGGGGGUAACGUUUGGGGUCUUUGUGUCACGUGGAGUUUCAGGUGCUCACCUGAACCCGGCUGUCUCUCUGAGUCUGUGUGUUCUGGGCAGACAUCCAUGGAUGAAGCUGCCUCUCUACGUCUUCUUCCAAGUGCUUGGAGCCUUUCUGGCUGCAGCUACCGUUGGUCUGCAGUACUACGACGCCAUCCGGUCGUACAGCGGAGGUGAGCUCACGGUGUCGGGUCCCACUGCCACAGCAGGAAUAUUCUCCACCUACCCGGCUGACUACCUCAGUGUGUGGGGAGGGGUAGUGGACCAGGUGAUAGGAACAGCUGCUCUGCUGCUGUGUGUGCUGGCUCUCGGGGACAAGAGGAACAGCUCCCUCCCCGACGGUUUGCAGCCGGUCCUGGUGGGAGCGGCUGUGUUGGUUAUAGGCAUCUCGAUGGGCUCCAACAGCGGCUACGCCCUGAACCCAGCCAGGGAUUUUGGGCCCCGGUUGUUCACGUACAUUGCCGGCUGGGGAGAUGAUGUUUUCAAGGCCGGAGGAGGCUGGUGGUGGGUCCCCAUAGUGGCCCCCUGUGUCGGGGCUCUGCUGGGGACGCUGAUCUACGAACUGGUGAUUGAAGUCCACCAUCCUCCCAUUCCGUCCGAGGUUCAGACGUCAUGUCAGGAGGCCUCUGAGUGUAAGACGGGGCUGGAGCUGGAGGGGGUGGGGCCAGGCUACGAAAAACCCACUUUGUGAAAGUUGAAAAAGUGUCAUGAACAGUAAACGUGUGAAACCCA